CGGCGCGGCUCUUGGGUCUCGGUCUGGAGGGCGAGGCAUGGAGGCGAAGGCGGCUCUCUCGGCAGUUCCAUCCGCAGCUGCGGGCGGAUCGCGCGCUGUGUCCGCAGAGGAGACUGCAAAGUGGAUGGAGGAGGCCAUGCUCAUGGCCAAAGACGCGCUCAAAAAUACUGAAGUUCCUGUUGGCUGCCUCAUGGUUUACAACCAUGAAGUCGUGGGGAAGGGAAGAAAUGAAGUGAAUCAAACGAAAAAUGCUACUCGACAUGCAGAAAUGGUGGCCAUUGAUCAGGUCCUGGACUGGUGUCACCAAAACGGCCGGAGUCCUUGUGCGGUCUUUGAACACACGGUGCUGUACGUCACGGUGGAGCCGUGCAUUAUGUGUGCAGCUGCUCUGCGCCUGAUGAAAAUCCCGCUGGUCGUCUAUGGCUGUCAAAAUGAACGGUUCGGUGGCUGUGGCUCUGUUCUAGACGUCGCUUCUGCUGACUUACCAAAUACUGGGAGACCGUUUCAGUGCCUUCCCGGAUAUCAGGCCGAGGAAGCAGUGGAACUGUUGAAGGCCUUCUACAAACAGGAAAAUCCAAAUGCACCGAAAUCAAAAGUUCGGAAAAAGGAAUGUCAGAAAUCCUGAACUUGUCUGAUGCAAGACCAAUGCCUCACAGUGACCUGGACAAAAUUCCUGGGCCGAAAGCUGUUGACAUCAAUGAAUCAUGUUUAUAUGUUGUUACUGUGUGGUUAAAUGGUGACUCUCAUCAUUUGCUCUGUUAAAGGAACAAAUUAGCACUUCUUAAAUGUCUGACAAUUGUAAACAACUAUUAGCUUUUCCCCAAGCUGAAAGCACAUUUUCAGAAGGGGAAAAAUUAAGGUUUGAGGUUUCAGAAAUUAGAAACAGUGCGUGCCCUUCAGCCACAGCUUUAUGCCCGGUCCAGGAAAAUGCUGGCUUUCAGGCAGUGUGUGUCCAGAUCCAUUACUUUUCUGUGACUGGACAGGGUGUGAGAUGUGUUCUCUAGGACUGGCCUCUCUGAGCUGUAGCCUCAGUUUUUACAGCUCCUAUUUCCCCCUCGGCCCUGGAGCCUGGCUUCUUUCUAAAUUUUCUGAGUUUGUGUAUAUAUGACCAUGAUCCCAUGGUUCUUAGCACAGAUCUUUUGCUUUUACAAGGCAUUUACGAGGAUGACUACUUUUAAAACAAGAGCUUACAAGUCAUUUUUAAAUUGUAGCAUAUUGCUGUAAUAAAGCCCUAUUUAUGCCUUCUUUGAAGUGGACCAAACAGUCUUAAAGAGGCAAAGGCAUAAAUGGGACAAUUCUAUACUAUUGAGCAAUGAUUUUGUGCCACAGUCCCUUUAUUCCCUGGAACAAAGAAUCCUGCCUGUCCUCAUGGAGUUUGUAUCCCUGCCAUGGGGAACAGAUGAUGAAUAUAGCGGAUUAUACAGUUUGCUGGAAAGUGCUGGAAAUUGCUGAAAGUUACAGCAAAAAGAAAAGGGUCUGGGGUGGAGAUGGGCAUGCCAGUUGGUGGUAGGAAUGCUCCUUGGAAGAAUAUAUUGAUCAGUUUGAUCUGAAAUAAAAUAUUUACUUUAAAAUAUGGGUAAUAAGCUUUACAUUUAAUAUCUAAAAUUUGAAACUGCGAAUACAACACAGGCAAAGGUGGCCGCAGCUGAAGUUUUUGAUGGUGCAGCACUGAUUGCAGUAAGGGCCAAGGUGCGAAGGGCCGCUUUGCAGAGCUGCACUGCGCGUCCCUGCCCAGAAGGGGGCCUUGCUGUUCCACCAGAAGUCCAGGGCCAGGCCUGGCAGGCAGAGCCUUCUCUCAGAUGCAUUUCUUUAGUGGAUUCAUUUCCUUGAUGCAAAGCAUCUGUAUUUGUUGAUUCUGCCAUUUGAGCGAUGUCUCUGACUUGUUUGUUUUGAAUUACAGGCUGGAAUGUAAUUGUGGUGGAAGUAUUUUUAUAUCGCUGAGAGUAGCAGCUAAUCACAGUUACAUGGUUCAGAGGAUUUAUAAUUGCUAGGUUUUGUAAGCUUAUGUUCUAACUGCAUUUGCAAAGUUUUAUGGAGAAGAAUAUGCAUGAUUUUAAAUCUGCAAUGAUGUUGCAGGCACCUUGCCUCCAGUUUUUCCUAUU